AUGCUCUCUAGAGAUUCAAACGCGAUUACUCGGAUUGCAAUAAUCGGUGUGGGCCAGGUUGGCGCCGCUCUUGCUUACGCGCUAAUCCUAAAUUCCACCGCUGGUGAGCUGCUCUUGGUCGAUACCAAACCCGACUUGAGAGACGGCCAGGUACGGGACCUCUCCGAUGUAAGCUACAGUUGCAAUAGCGGAACCCGCGUCCGAGCAGCCACACACCAUGAAGCAGGCCAAUGCGAUGUUGUGGUCAUCACCGCCGGAUCAAAGUCUUACAGAGGCGAAACUACGAUCCAGCACAUGUACCAGAAGGUCGCCAUUAUUCAGAGCAUCACCAACGCAAUGAAGCCAUUCAGAUCAGACACAAUCUUACUGAUCGUGGCACACCCCGUCGACCUUAUCACCUCCUUCGCUCAAGAGCAUUCCGGACUACCAGCCUCUCAGGUGCUGGGCUCGGGAACCUUUCUUGAUUCAGUAAGGCUUCGCGGAAUGUUAGCAGACAAAGCCGGAGUCGCCGCAAAUGCAAUAGAUCUUCAGGUAUUGGGAGUGCACGGGGAGUCAGAGGUUGUUGCAUGGUCGACGGCAACACUUUGCGGGGUCCCCAUUGACAAAGCGCUGCCCAGCAACACUUUCAACCCGAAAGAUCUUGCCAACGAGUGUAAACACAGAUCCCAAAGGAUUAUCCAAGCGAAAGGAACAGUAUCUUUUGGAAUUGGCUCCGCCCUGUCCAGAAUCUGCUCUUCGAUCCUAAUGGACAAACGAGAUGUCUAUCCUAUUAGCCAUUUCCAACCAGAGUGGGGUUGCUGUUUCAGCUUGCCCGCGGCCCUUGGAAGAAGCGGAAUCAUAAGGACUGUUGAAAUGGCAACAAAUAGUAACGAGAAGGCUGAUAUACGCGACUCGGUGGAGAUUCUAAGCGAUACACUCAAGAGAGUCCGUGAGAAUCAAUAA